AUGUCUGAUCUAAUCGGAAAGCCAUUCCCUCCAGACUUCUACUUCAACUACGUUCCAUAUGACGAGGAGGAUCAGAAGAACAAACUGUCGUGCAAGCUUCCAAUCAGCUUUAAACUGAGCCAGGAGAACUUGAAAGGGAAGAAGAUCGUUAUCACCUCUGCGCCGGGUGCCUUCACGCCAACCUGUACCCUGUCCCAUAUCCCAGGCUACGUUGCAAAGGCCAAAGAGUUUGCAGACAAGGGUGUUGAUAAGGUGUUUGUCAUCACAAGGGACCUGCCCUUUGUCGGUGCCGCCUGGGGAAAACUGUUGGGACAGAAACCUCCGCUGGAGUUCGCGUCGGAUCCAAGUGCAAAGUUCUCGCAGUCCAUGGGCUGGACAAAGGAUGGUGGUGACAACGGCGUGCUGACUGGUAGAUACGUGAUCGUUGUUGUUGACGGUAUAGUAACGUAUGCCGCUGAAGAACCUGACGCUUCCAAGGUCACUGUGUCGGGCGCUGCUAACGUUUUAUCUAAGCUAUGA